UCCCCGCUAGGGGCGGGGCCUGGGCCUGGGCCUGCGCCUGCGCGCUCAGCGGCCGGGCGUGUAACCUACGGGUGGGCGCCCCACGCCCGCCGGAUUCGCGCAGUCUCUGGGAUACACGCCGCGCAUCUCCAGGGCCUGAGCCAGGUCUGUUCUUCACGCAGGUGUCCCGCGCGUCCCAUUCAGCCAUGAAGUCCGGCAUCCGUGUAGCGCUGGUGACUGGAGGCAACAAGGGCAUCGGCUUGGCCAUCGUGCGCGACUUGUGCCGGCUGUUCUCGGGGGAAGUGGUGCUCACGGCGCGGGAUGUAGCGCGGGGCCAGGCAGCCGUGCAGCAGCUGCAGGCGGAGGGUCUGAGCCCACGUUUCCACCAGCUGGACAUCGACGACCCGCAGAGCAUCCGCACCCUGCGCGACUUCCUGCUCAAGGAGUACGGGGGCCUGGACGUGCUGGUCAACAACGCGGGCAUCGCCUUCAAGGUUGCUGAUCCCACACCCUUUCAUAUUCAAGCGGAAGUGACGAUGAAAACAAACUUCUUUGGUACCCGAGAUGUGUGCACAGAAUUACUCCCUCUAAUAAAACCCCAAGGGAGAGUGGUGAACAUAUCUAGCAUGAUGAGUCUCAGAGCCCUUAAAAGCUGCAGCCCAGAGCUGCAGCAGAAGUUCCGCAGUGAGACCAUCACCGAGGAGGAGCUGGUGGGGCUCAUGAACAAGUUUGUGGAGGAUACCAAGAAGGGAGUGCACCAGAAGGAGGGCUGGCCCAGCAGCGCAUACGGAGUGACAAAGAUUGGCGUCACCGUUCUCUCCAGGAUCCACGCCAGGAAACUGAGUGAGCAGAGGAAAGGGGACAAGAUCCUCCUGAAUGCCUGCUGCCCAGGGUGGGUGAGAACCGACAUGGCGGGACCCAGUGCCACCAAGAGCCCAGAAGAAGGAGCAGAGACCCCUGUGUACUUGGCCCUUUUGCCCCUGGAUGCUGAGGGUCCCCAUGGACAAUUUGUUAUGGAGAAGAGAGUUGAACAGUGGUGAGCUGGGCUCACAGCUCCAUCCAUGGGCCCCAUUUUGUACCCUGUCCUGAGUUGGUCUAAAGGGCACUUACAAAGUCAUAAAUAUCCUUAUAUAAGAAAAAAAAAGAUCUCUUAUCAAUUAGUACUCACUAAUACACUACUAAUUGAGCAGCCCACACACUCAGUUGACUACCUAAAUCUGUCAGGUCUUUUGUGGUUUCCUCUGAUGCAGGGAGAGGAAAAAUUGUAAUUGAUGAAAAUAAUGAAUGAAAAUCAACAGAUGAAUAAAUGGUUCUUUAUAAGUGUC